AUGCAUCCAUCGGAGAGUGCAGGUGCGAUGCUAGUCCCAGUUCAAUUCAAUGGAACUGGGUACAGAUCUUGGAGAAGAGGCGUCUUAAGAGCCCUAUAUGUGAAGAACAAAUUAGGUUUUAUCAAUGGUGAAUGUAAGAAACCAGAACUGGAAUCUGCUCAAUAUCGACAAUGGGAGAGGUGCGAUGAUAUUGUCACCUCAUGGAUUCUAAAUUCACUUUCAAAAGAAAUUGCAGAUAGUGUUGAGUAUGUGAAUGACUCUGCUGAGCUGUGGAAGGAAUUGGAUGAUCGAUAUGAUCAAACAAAUGGUGCGAAGCUAUACCAGAUUCAGAAGGAAAUAAACGGCCUCUCUCAAGAUAAUUUUCAUAAAGCAGAACAGGAUAGGAGACUGAUUCAGUUCCUAAUGGGUCUGAAUACGGUCUAUACAGUGAUUCGUGGGAAAUCCACCUUACUAAAUGUUAAUGUCCCAAGACAAAAUAACUAUAGGACAAACUAUUCUCCUGGUAGCAUAAGUCAAAACUCUAGGCCUGGAGUGAUAUGUGAGCAUUGCAAACGACAUGGUCACACCAAGGAUAGGUGUUACGAAUUGCAUGGAUACCAAUCUCAAUCACUUGCUAGGAACUCUGGAUAUCAUCAGAAUGUCUUUCAAAACUCCUAUCAGAACUCUUACCAGAACCAUCAGAAUCCCACUCAAAAUUUCAGACCAGAUAAGGGUAAGAGGAUUAUGGCAAAUGUACAUGGACCUUCAUCUGAUGUUAUGUCAACAAAAGGAGAUGAACAAACUGAACAAGAUGAUAAUCAAGGUGUGAGCUUAAGCAGAGAACAAUAUGGACAACUUAUGAGUGUGCUGCAACAGUUCCAGCAUGGAAAUGGAGACAAUUCAAGCACAAAUCCCACUAAUGGUUCAGCAAACUUUGCAGGUAUCAUUGUCUGCACUUCCUCUAUUGAUUUUGGCAAGUUGUCUUGUGUAUGUUUCAAAAACAAGGCUGAUUCUUGGAUACUAGACUCAGGAGCAUCAAACAACAUGACCUUCAAUAAAUCACUCUUAAUCAAUAGAAUAACUCUGCCCUAUCCACUUUUGAUCAUCUCGCCAAAUGGUUACAAAGUAAAGGUGGCACAGAUUAGUAGUGUGACACUUGCACCUAGUAUUGUCCUGCAUAAGGCCCCUUCAAUGAAGAGGCUUUGGAAAUUGGUAGAGUCAAAGAUGGAAUCUAUUUCAUGUGUCCAAGAUGUCUCAGCAACAAAGCCUGAUGUACGUAGUUCAACAGAAAUGAAUAAUACUGAGUCUUUUCACUCUUAUUCUGUUAAAUCUAUGGAUGAUGUGAAUGUUUUAGCUGCUACAUCUGUGGAUGAUGUUCACAGAGAUAAAUUUCAAUCAAGGACUGAUCCUCAUGUAUUCAUUGGAUAUCCAUUUGGGACAAAGGGAUACAAAUUCAUUUCCUACUGUGACUGUUCAAUUCCUUUUAUUCAUCCUGCCUGUGAUGAUAUUGGUCAUUCUACACAAAAUGCAUUGGACAAUACUAGGAACACAAGUACCACAUCUACUAAUGUGUCACCUGCUACUCCUCCUACUACACCAACAUCCCUACCUGACACUAGCUCAUCUGGUUUCACACCUACUUGGACCCUUGUACCAUUACCUAAAGGAAAGAAAGCUAUAGGUUGCAAAUGGGUUUUUAAGAUCAAACACAAGGCAGAUGGGAGCAUUGAAAGAUACAAAGCAAGAUUAGUGCUCAAGGGUUAUACACAACAAGUUGGGAUUGACUAUAAUGAAACUUUUUCACCAGUAGUUAAGAUGACCACAGUGACGUCCUUGCUUGCUAUUGCUGUGAAAAAGAGGUGGGGUAUUUUCCAACUAGAUGUUAAUAAUGCAUUCCUCGAUGGCGAGUUGCAUAAGGAGGUAUACAUGGAUGCACCACCAGGAUUAGUAAGCAGUCCAGGGAUGGUUUGCAGAUUGAACAAGUCAUUAUAUGGACUCAAACAGGCCAGCAGACAAUGGUAUGCUAGACUAACUAAAGCAUUAUGUUCAAAAGGGUACACACAUUCCUUACAUGACUACUCACUGUUCCAUAAAAAGGAUCCUAGUUCAGCAAUAUAUGUAGCUGUAUAUGUUGAUGAUAUUAUUCAUACUGGUACAUACAUGUAUGAGAUAGCUGAACUAAAACAGUUCUUGCAUCACACUUUCAAAAUCAAAGACCUGGGCACAUUGCACUAUUUCCUGGGACUAGAAGUGUUGUACAAAGCUGAUGGAAUCAUCAUAUCUCAAAGAAAGUUCCUACUGGAUCUAUUGAAGGAGUAUGACAUGCUUGAACAAAUUUGCUUGUCCUCACCACUAGAUCCUACUCAGAAGUUAAAGGCUAAAGAAGGAUUGCCACUACAAGAUCCCACAUUCUACAGGAAACUUGUUGGCAAGUUGAACUUUCUCACAAACACAAGGUUCGACAUAUCUUACAGUGUCCAACACUUGAGUCAAUUUAUGCAAGAUCCUAGGGAACCACACUUGAAGGAUGCAUUUCAUCUGCUCAGAAAAUCUGUUAGUGGAUACAUUGUUCUACUUGGCAACAUCCCCAUAAGUUGGACAUCAAAGAAGCACGAGACAAUUUCCCUAUCCUCUGCAGAAGCUGAGUAUAGAGCACUCAGAAAGGUUGUGGGAGAGCCGGUCUGGUUGCAAAGGUUACUUGAUGAGCUGACAAUGCCAAUUCCUUUACCAAUGCAUGUCUUUUGUGAUAGUCAAUCUGCCCUACACAUAGCCAAGAAUCCUGUCUUUCAUGAGAGAACUAAGCAUAUAGAGGUAGACUGCCAUUUUGUGAGAAACAAGUUUUAA